AUGAUCUCGCCCCAGCAAUUGGUGCCGCCGAACCCGCUGACCACCCGAGCUCAGCUGGUGCAUCUUUCCUACGAUAGGCACCACCAGCGGCUUGCCUAUGCCGCCAACAAUUCCGUGAUCAUCCGCCCCGUCGACCCCACCGACGCCACUACCGUCCCCACCCAAUUCACCGGCCAUGGCGCCAACGCCACCACCGUGGCCGAAUUUGCUCCCCUGGGUAACUAUAUCGCCUCGGGGGAUGUCACCGGGAUGGUGAAGAUCUGGGAUUGUGCCGUUUUGAGCGGUCCCGCCGCCGCUGACCGGGACCCGUUUGCUCAGCCUACGGUGAAGCUGGAGUUCCCGAUUAUCGCUGGCCCCAUCCGCUCCAUCGCCUGGGACGCCGACCUGGCGCGUGUGAUUGCUGUUGGUGAAGGUAAGGAUAAGUUUGGCCGCUGUUUUACUUGGGAUUCCGGUAACUCGGUCGGGGAGAUUAUGGGCCACUCCGGUGCCGUCCAGGCUGUGUCUAUUAGACCUCAACGUCCUUAUCGUGCAGUAGCUGGCGGUGACGAUAAAGCGGUGGUGUUCUACCAAGGGCCACCUUUCAAAUUUGAUAAGACGUUAAGGGGUAACCAUCUGAAUACCGUGAGAGACGUCAAGUUCUCGCCUCAAGGUACCUAUUUUGUUUCCGUGGGUCUGGACCGAGCCAUUGUCGUGUACGAUGGCAAGACUGGUGAUGUGUUAUCGACUAAAGCACAAGCCCACCAGGGGGGGAUCUACGCGGUGCUGUGGCUCUCGGACGAUGAGUUUAUCACUGCCAGUGCUGAUGGCACUCUCAGACAAUGGAAGGCCUCGGCCCUUGAUUCCGAACCGUUUACCUACGUGGUAUCGCUGAAGCCUACUGUUGACGAACAGCAACUUGGUGUUGUUGUCGCCGGAGACUGGAUCGUGUCGGUGGGUUUCAACGGGGUGCUUCUGUACUUCACUGUGGGUGAUGCUGAAGUGAAACACUCGGUUAAAGGCCACCAAAAGCCCCUCACCACAGUGGCAGUGCCCACUGCUGAAGCCGUGGUCAGUGGUCUGAAUGAUGGUACCGUAUUCCAAUGGCAACGCAAGCAGGGAGUGAUCCAGCCGUUCCCUCAACCAGGCCCUCGUCAUGCCAAUUAUGUCGUCGAUUUAAUUGCCACUAAGGAAGGGGUGCAGCUGGUGGGUUGGGAUGAUAAGUUGAUCAAUGGUGACCACCAAGCUACCCUUCCCGAACAACCGAAGCAAGCGGUGUACGAUGCUGCUCACGACUUGGUCUACGUGGUGGGGGAGCUGCUGAUUACUACCUACCUGGGAUCGUCGUCUGAACAUAAGGAUAAGAUUGCUUUGAACUAUACGGCGCUGGGGUUGGCGUUGGUGCCUAACUCGCAAACCAUACUUGUGCUUGACGCCACCAACAACCAAGUGGUAGUCUACGAAGGGUCACAGGAGAAGCAGAGGUGGGAAAAGCUCCGGGCUGCUCCCGUGGUGGUGCGUGUCUCUCCUGAUGGCCAGUACGCAGCCGUGGCCGAUUCUUUCGGCAAGUAUGUGGUUUACAACGUUAAGGAUGGCCUGGUAGUGACGCUGAGAUGGGCGUUCCACACUGCGCGUGUCUACGACGCCCAGUGGCUGCCGGACCUGAAGUACGUGGUAUCUGUCGGUUUGGAUUGUCAAGUGAUUGUGUUUUCCAUUGGUCGUCCGGCAAAGCUGGCCAAGUACCCGUUAGCUCACCAGACGGGUGUACUGGGAGUGGCGUGGACCGAUUACGACCAAGGACGCUUCGUCACGGUGGGGAUGGACGGCGUGAUUAAACAAUGGCAAGUCGACUUGAAGCAAUUUGACUAA